CACUCUGUACUGAGAGUUUUGUCGGAGUGAUUGUUCUCAGGGGAUUCGGUUAUGCGCUCUCCCUCCUGCCUGUCGGCGCACGGAGAGCUGCCCUUUGUCCCCACUCCGCCCCUCGCUGGACUGUUACUGCGUCUCUGCUUUGUCACAACACUUAUUUAUUCCCAGCCCCCCUCAUGGAGAAUAUUGUAUAUUAUUUUAUGGCGGCACCAUAUCCUGCUUCGUCCUUAUCACACUAGCGACAGCCUUAGAGGGCGAAGUCUAUACUCAGAAUCUGGAGUUGCGAUACGCAACUAACGUCUUUAACUCACACGUCUUUAUCAGAACAAGAUGAAAAAGUUAUUUUUGUUGCUUCUCUUCUGUCACGUUUCAUCACCAGUGAAACACACCCUGAAGUUUUUCUACACUGCAUCUUCUGGAGUCCCAAACUUCCCAGAGUUUGUGGCAGCUGCACUGGUUGAUGACCUUCUUGUGGGUUACUGCGACAGCAACAAAAACAUAGUAGAACCAAAACAGGACUGGGUGAAAAAAUUAUUCGAAGACGAUCCUCAGCACUUGAAGCUUUACAUUGGAGAGUGUGUCGAGAAUCAGCCAAACUCCUUAAAAAAGAGGAUGGAUAAUUUGAAGCAGCGCUUCAACCAAAGUGGAGGUGUCCAUGUUUUACAGAGGAUGAACGGCUGUGAGUGGGAUGAUGAGACUGGAGAGGUUACGUACGGUUUUAAUCAGUAUGGUUAUGAUGGAGAAGACUUCAUAUCAUUCGACCUGAAGACAUUGACAUGGAUCGCUCCGAAACCACAGGCUUUCAACACCAAACUGAGAUGGGAUGCUGAGAAAGCUAGAAUAAAAUAUAUUGAGAAUGACCUCACUGAGAUUUUCCCUGAGUGGCUGAAGAAGUAUGUGGCCUUUGGGAAGAGCUCUCUGCUGAGAACAGAGCUUCCCUCAGUGUCUCUCCUCCAGAAGACUCCCUCCUCUCCAGUCAGCUGCCACGCUACAGGUUUCUACCCUGACAGAGUCGAGAUGUUCUGGAGGAAAGAUGGAAAGCAGCUUCAUGAGGAGGUGGAGCACGGAGAGAUCCUCCCCAACCACGAUGGAUCCUUCCAGAUGAGUGUUAACCUGAAACUUUCAUCAGUCACACCUGAAGACUGGAGGAGGUACGACUGUGUGUUUCAUCUCUCUGGUGUGAAGGACGACAUCGUCACCAGACUGGACAAAGCAGUGAUCAGGACCAACGAAGGUAAGACUGGUAUCAGAAAUGAUGAAGCAGGGAAGCCCAGUGACAUGAUCCUCAUCAUCAUUGCUGUCAUCAUUGUUGUAGUGGUUGUUUUUUUUCUCGUCCUCAUCGCUGUGAUUGGAUUCAUCAUUUAUAAAAAGAAGAAUGCCAAAUAUGCUCAACCCUCUAAAUCUCCUCCAGAUGGAUCAGAGAUUUCUUCAGGUAGUUCUUCUGCUUCUUCUAGAGAAAGUCUAACCAGCGCCAGACCACUGAUCAAAGAGGGACAGUUUGAAGAUGGAGGAUGAACUCCAGUCCACGAGGAGUCGGCAACAUUGAACUUCUAAGAGAAUCCUUCUGCUUUGCACGAGAAGUGAACAUGUUUUAGACACAAUCUGUAAUCCAAACAUAAACAAAAGGGUCACACACCACCAAAAUGAAGUGAAUAUCUUUUACAUUUAUAUGGUGCAAUGAGGCUUUGAAGCAGCAUUAAUUAAUAUUUUUGUAUGAAAAAUUGAUCAAAUGACGAACCCACAGAUAAUUUCCCUCAGUUCUACAGAAAGUUUUAACAACUUUCAGCUCAUCGUGGUUCACUCUCAAUGCACUCACCAACCCACAUUUCCAGACACAACAGCCAGCUGUUUCAGCAGAAGCAGCUCUGAGCAGCUGACAGACAACGUUAGCAGCUAGCUGGUGAACACAGUGGAGCAUUUAGCAGCUAAAGCGACAGAUGUUUUCCUCAGGAGUUGGUGGAGACCAAAACCAGGUGAAAUCUCCAACAACAGGAGAGUAACUGUGCUGCUGUCGGGCUGUCUCUCAGUCUCAGACACUGACAACAUUUUACAACAAUCCAAGUUGGAACAGUAGAUAAUUAGACUUAGAGUCUACUGGCAAAAUGAGUUUCACUCCAGACACACAGGCUGGGAAAUAUCUGAUCCACAUAUUGGCCAGGCAGCUCAAACAAGGUUGAUGUAGAGCCUCAACUCCAUGAACUAUAUUCACAUCUUUACUGAACGUUAAAUGACAUGUUUCAAUCCACAGUGGAUCUUUGCCACAUUAAAACUACACGCCAUCCCUAUAAGUAUGUAUAGCCAUGACGAUACAUAAAUGUUCAUAAUGACUGUGUAAAUGACAAAAAUAAUGUCUGUAAUAAGUAAAUAUAGAUAUGUAUAUAUAGAUUUUUUCAAUCACUGCAUAAAAUUAUUUUGAAUAAAUACAUGAAUUAAGGAACAUG